AGUGGGAUUAGCGUGGCUGAUGUUGUAUACGACACAUUCUGCCAUCUCAAGUGGACUGACAAUGGCAGGGACGACCACCCUUGGUCUACCACAGCCCAAUAUAAACUUCUUUCCCGGCCUUUCUUGUUGCCUUAAAUCUUUCAAACCCAUCACAGCUUCUCCCACGCUUGCCUAUUUUCCCACAUCAAAAUUGGUUCUUUCGAGCGCUUUUGUGCUCACCAAAGGCCUGUCUCACAGUCGGAGGAAACUUACUUACUUGGGUUCCAAUACCAUGUUUGAGUUGAUUAAAACUUCUUCUUUUAGGAACGGUAAUGGUGGUGAAGAAGGUAUUAAAACGAUUGAACAAGAAGCUUUAGUUGGUGGGUCUUCUGGGUUGUUGAGUAAUGGGUUCGAAUCAACCCUUAAUCGACUGAGUAAGUGGAUUGUGUCUGGAAUUUUUGCUGCUGUGCUUCUUGGGAGGCAUGAUGCAGAAGCCGUUUGGUUUGCCAUGGGGUCUAUUGUAAAUGCUUUGCUAUCUGUUGCAUUAAAACGAAUACUAAACCAAGAAAGACCUGCUUCUGCAUUGAAAUCGGACCCUGGAAUGCCCUCUUCUCAUGCUCAAUCCAUUUUCUUCAAUUUUAUGUUUGUCAAUUUCUCAGUUGUGGAAUGGCUAGGGAUUAAUGAUAUUACACUUGCAAUCAGUGGAUUCAUCUUGAUUCUUGGCUCAUAUCUUACAUGGUUACGAGUCUCGCAACGGCUUCAUACGCUAAGCCAAGUGGUGGUUGGUGCAAUUAUAGGUACAAUUUUCUCUGUUUUUUGGUAUUGGUCAUGGAAUGCCUUCUUGCUGCAGGCUUUUGAAUCCUCUUUGUGGGUUCAAAUAAUUGUCCUUUUGGUAGCUGCUGGACUAUGCUUGGGAUUUGUUUUCUACGUGUUUCAGUACUGGUUUAGGGAUGAACAAUGAACUGUACAAAAUACAAAUUCACACAAAAUUGUAAGCUCGGUCUAACUGUUGUACCAAUUAUUCCAGAAUUGUAAAAAAGUUCCUCUUUCUUCA